UCUUCAUCAAAUACUCUCUGUAUAUAGAAACCAUCAUCAACCCAAAUGAGCCAGAUCAACAAUUCAAAAUGUGCCGUGGCUUUCAACAAACCGAGAGGGAUCGUCUCUUAAAAAUCAAAGCUUUUUAUCUCUCAUUAUCCUUUUCCAACACCCCAAAACACUUGCCCGAUUCCCUUACUCUACACUAUCUCCCUCGAAUCAAUGGCAGUCCCUUGGAGAUUAACGAUUCCGUUUUCCGACCAGAUUCGCCGGCGUUCCUCACCCUUUAUCGGGUUGUUUCCGAUGAUGAUAUCAGAUUGGGUAAGAGGUCAGUUAUGUAUGGGAGCAGGGAGAGGGUGAGGGUGAGUGAAGGGGUGAGGUUUGAGGUGUACUUGAGGGAAGAGAAGGUGGUGAAGGGUGGUUUUAGAAAAGACGAAGAAGGUGAGUGGAAGAUGGAGUGCAGGUGUGGGUUAGAAGGGGAGAUGGUGGUGGAGGUGAAAAAGGUGGAGGUGUGUGUGGCGGUGGAGGGUGAGGUGGAGGUGAUGAGGGAGACGGUGGAGAUGGUGGUGAGAAGGAAAAGAGGGAGGUGUUUUGAAAGAUUGGAGGAGAUACCGGAGCAGCAGAGUGAAGGGGAGGAUGUGGAGAUGGAGGAGGGUGUUUGUUGUUGUUGUUGUGAUUGCGGCGGAGGAGAGGCGGAGAACGGUGGUGAGGUGGAGGUGGAGGUGGAGGUGGAAGGGGUGAGAUGGGCGGUGGACGUUGGGAUAUGGGUGAUGUGUUUGGGAGUGGGGUAUUUGGUCUCGAAAGCUUCCUCAAAGAGUUUGCGGAGGAGGAGAUUACUGUAGUUGUAAAUUGAAUUUGUUCCUUGAUCUCAUCAAUUUUGUAUAUAUUUUUAAUUGUAAU